GAAAAGAAUAGUCGUUUUGUUCACAAACGUUAAUAAUUAUAAAUAUAUUUUGACAACCAUUAGCACCAUAACGAUCAACUAAUGUUGCUGAUUUGUAUAAAAUUUGUAAUUUAUAAAUUUUUAAAUAUUCAAUGUAAAAUAUCCUGGAAUACGAACGGAGCAGGUGAGAUGGAGUUGUCAAUUGCAAGAUCGCAUGGAGAUAAGAUAAGAAAAGGACAACAGUAUCCUAUGGGAAUGGGAUUAUCAAAGAACAGGAAAAGUGAGGGGGCUCAAAGCUGAAAGUGCAGUGCCACAUCAUCGAAUGUAGCGGCGUAUCAUCAUUUCAUGGGGGGGAAGCCAGAUAUUUUGGAUGCUGCUAAAUAUCUGUCGUCCUGUGUUCGCCAGCAUAGAUGACGUGGCGAGGCGAUGGCCCCUGACACGUGUUAAAGCGAUGACAACUGUAACUACCUUUCAUCAUUUUCUUUUUAAUUUGUUCCAAGUUCAAGUUCCAAUCACCGCUUCCACCACCUCUGCUCAUCGUCGAUCAGUUAUCAUGAAGAAUCUGAGACCCCCUCAAGUUCCGACGAUUUCGCCCAACGUCCUCAACCAGUCCGGCGACUUCAAGCUGCCGCCCAAUCACGUGCAGGACCCUUCAUGUAAGAGAUGCUUAUCAACGGAAGAGUGGACCGAUGAGAAACACAGCAUGUAUCUCAAGUCCAUGGAAGCAUCAUUCGUUCAUCAGUUGUAUAAUUCCAAGCAAGUGCUGGCUUGGCGUUCUCCUAAAGCAACUCUCACCCACUCUAUCCCCACUACUUCUACUCAGUGGAAGGAUGGGGGAGAUGGAUAUUGGAAAAAGAUGGAAUAUGAGAGAGAGAAGGGGCAAAUACGAAGGAGGAAUAAGGGGCAUGAUCUAAAGGCAAAGCCAUGGAUUCAGCAGUUGAGCUGCUCAAGCGGUAGCGUUGGGAAAGAAAGUACUACAUCCACAGCCACAAGUAAAGGUGGUGGUUUGGGCCAGAGAAACCAAAUCCCCUCUGCUUCACCUCACCACCUGUUGUUCUUCAGCGAUAUAGAGAUGACAGAUCAGAACUUUGUUGAUGACGAAGUAGUGGAGAGCGAAAAGAAAAAUGUUAAGAGGCACAAGCCUUUGAUCUCCGACACUUCCAUGCACCAAUGUUGAGGUGACAACUAUAUGUUUGCAGGGAUAAUCUCUGGUUAUGGGCCUCAGAAUGCUUGAUCACUUGCAGACGCACGCUUGCUAUCUUCUGAUUCCGAUUCUGCUGCUCAUAUCUUCUGUACGGGCGGUGCAUUAUUAACGGGACAGUGUUAUCUGGUGGUGAUGUUUUGUAUAUAUCUGUAGUUUAUAGUUUGCUUAAUUAUCAUUAGCCAUCCUUUUAGGAGAGUUAUUUUCUGAAGUCUUUGGCUCAUUCUCCUCACUAUUAAUUGCUUCCUCUGUUUCUUUUUAUGAGAAACAAAUGCCUCCAUUUUCAAUACUAA